AUGAGUAAUAAAGUAGCUGUGAUUAAUUUGAAACCAGAAGAAUUUAAAGAAAUUGUUCAUACACUAAAACAUCAUAUAACCAAUGGGAGAUUAAACAAAAAAGAAAAUGUUGAAUAUGAGCCAAUAAAUGAACAUGAAACACAAAGAAUUACAAUUACACAUAAAUAUGGAUCUAUAGAUAUUGAACUAGUUCCACUUCAAAGUAUAGAAGAAGGAAUAACAGAUGAAUGGGGAGGAUAUAUCUGCGAAGAAAAUACUCCAAAUUAUCAAAAAAUAACUCAAUACAAUGCUGGAGAAUUAAAUAUGAUUAUCGGAAAUGGUAAAUUACUUGAUUGGUGCAUUGAUAAUGGUAUUGAAUAUGUUGACAGACAAGCAAUAGAAGAUGAAAACAACGCAGAAGGAAUAGACAGAAUUGCAGAGGCUAUUGCAAAUAACCCAUGGAACUUCUCUCAACAACCUCAGAGAUAUAAUGAAGAUCUAUUAUUACAACCACCACAACAACUACCAAAUACUUCAAAGCAAGAACUAACAAAACCAAUUAAUGAAACAACUCAAAGUGAUGAAAAAGAUUUGACAUUAGAGACUGCAUUAAAUAAAUUAUUAGAUUAUAAACGAAGGGCUGCUCAAACAACUGAUAUGAAUGAGAGAAGAAAGUUAGCAGAGGAAGCAGCUCUACUAAUGGCACAAUUUAUGGGAGACUCGAGUGAAGAAGAUGAUUAA